GAGAAACUUCUCACAUCUACUCUCGCAUUCCCGUAUCGUCCAGCCUCAGACAAGCCCAGUUAAGCCGACCCCAUAUCAGAUUUCAAUCCCAAAGUCAAUACAGACAGUACCAGUAAAACACUAGUCCUAACCGAACCAAACCACAACCACCACCCACCAACCUAGCUACUGUAGAACACCCUCGAACCAACCAAUGAACUCGCUUAACCCAACCCUUCACUGUACUCCAAAAGGGACAAUUGACUCCAAACCCCCAUGAUCUAUUCACCCAUCCAUGCAUCCAAACAUUCACUCCCACCACUCGCCUCAACCCUCAACCCCUCAUAAGAAACCAAAAAUCCCCAAUCUCGACCUCCAUUUCCCACAAAAUCACAACAUCCAUCUUCCCAACCUCGAGAUCUCUCACACAUCACACAUUUCUCCAGGUCAAUCUCGAAUACAUUACUCACCACCACGUAUCUUUUUGUUCUUUCCCUUCAUUCAAGAGCGCGAGACUCUUGCAUUAGCACAAAAUUUAGUGAUAAGAAAACUGUUUUCAACCAUCGCAUCGCUGCAUAGCGAAUAUCUUGCAAGCCCCAGUUCUAUCUUCAUGAUAUCGUUCUUCUUCAAUAUCAUCCAUUCCACGUGAUUGUACGCGCGAAACCGAGUUUGAAGAUUUAAACACUUGCUAGAUCGAUCUAAACGAUACUUUCGAGAUCUAUAUCUUCUUGAAAUUCCUCAAUCUGCAAGGACCAAUCAAUUUUCCCACGCAUAAGUCUCGCUACAAUCUUUGAAUAUUCAAGAUGUCGAACUUUCCACCAUCGUUUGGUCGAGGAAGUAUCUUCCCGAGCAGUAUCCGCAACAAUAGUAUGUAGUUCAAUCCAUCUAAAACCCUUCGCUCAUGACUAACAACUUCAUCAACAGGCCUUGCAGAGGAAAUCAUGCACGCCACCAUGGAGAGCGCAAGAAAUGCGUUGGACUCGAGUAAGAGUUCAUGUAACACUAGCGAUAUAUCGUUCGGUAUAUUUCCUCACAUAAUCUUUCCUAAUCCACAGUAUUUGCUAACGUACAGGGAAGAUACUUACUACUAUUGCGAUACCGAAACCUCCGAGGAGGAAUACAGCACCAUGACAACCGAUACAGAGACCGAAACUCCACCUCCACCAUCAAGAGCUCUCCUCCCCAGCGAACAACCACUUAUCCCCUUCGUCCCAGCUCGAUUAAAGAAAGGCGAGCGAGCAAUGAUCACACCCAAUAUCCAAGCUCUCCUCAACACAGCCGGAGUGCAACCCAACCCCAAAUACGAGGGAGAGAUUACCGCCGAAGUCCUCAAUGACUUACUGACACCAGCCGAGGAAAACUGCGCACUCCACAUCACGAAUAUCCAUCCCAAAGCUGAGAUGGCAGACCUAUUCUCCACAAUUCACCACGGGAAAGUCUAUUCCGUCGCUUGGAAUGCACCGAAUCAAGAAUGGACGCAUGCAGCUGCACGACUUUGCUUUUGCGCACGCGAAGAUGCGGAAAGAUAUCUCGCGGAUACUGAGACGGGUGAUGGGAUUAACAUUCUCGGGAAAAGAAUCAUGGCAGAAUGGAACCGCAAUAGAAAGUGUCCUGUCCCAGAAGAUGAAAACCAUCAAUCUCGCGUGGUGCAACUUCGCGGUCCCCGAUCUUUCGGCUUCUCCGGUCAAGAUCUUUUAGAUUUCUUCGGCAAGGACAUGAAAUUAUUCAUCAUCUCCCGGAAAGAAUGGGAUCACAGAACUGAUCAAAAAGUUGUAGAGUUAGCUUUUUGCGGCAUCAAAGCUCAGUCGAGAAUGGCAUUUCGCUGCUUCAAGCAGAAAGUUGCAGCACAAGGACUAGGAGACCAAUUCGAUAUCCGAUUUGCCCCUGAUCCAUGUGAUCCAAGUGCGGUUCAAGGCCAAGACAUGUUCAUGCCUCGACGUACACGUCAAGUCACACCACCAGCACCACCAGCACCAGCACCACCCCGCACAUUGGAUAGUAUUCGUACAUCUAGUUGGCGUACCAGAGAAGUAUCGUGCGGACCGAAACGAAACGGAAAUACAAAUUCCGCACAGCGAGACGGACCAAAAUAUGAGAAGGGUGCCGGCCCAGACGCAAAGUGUUGGAGACGUGCUGAGUGAGACGAGUAGAGAGAGAAAAUAUUGACUCUAGAGUAAGAGUAUUAUAGGGGCACAUAUCCCAUACGCACAAAAAAGUUUCGGUCAUGAGUUCCGCCCGUCUUGACGGGAGUGGUCUAUUGCAGCCAGAGGCCCUAUCAUUUGACCAUCUCAUUCCUUCCACUACACAUUCAUGCCACCACCAAAAAAUGUACCCUACACCAUACCUCAUCUGCAGCAAAACAGAUUUGAGCGUCCUCCAUUUGACAGGCUUUGCCAAAGCAGAAUCUACCAUACUAGCACA